AUGCAGUUCCCUUCCGAGGCGAAGCAUUUUCGUUUCACGGAUGCGUUGACAGAAGUUCCGAAUGGCGAUGCCGAGGCCGCCGAAGCAUUGUUGCUGGCCAAAAGACAGCUGACCUCUGUCGACAGCCUGGAGUCUUUCAAGAAUCUGAAGAAAGCAGAGCUGCAAGGGAACUUCCUCAGCUCCCUCGGCUUCUUGGAGAUGAAUCACAGUCUAUGUUGGCUUGGCGUCGCGAAGAACAAGCUGCGGAAAAUCUCCGGCCUCACGAACUUGUCCAGCUUAGCGGUCCUUGACAUCAGCGACAACAAGGUCACGAGGCUGGCUUGCCUGGAAGGUCUGCAGAGCCUCAAGGCGCUCAUCGCCGCACGAAAUCGCAUUGCCAUCUUGGAUGGCCUCAGCCCGAAGCGGAAUCCUCUCCUGGAGACCUUGAUUCUGUCGCACAACCACAUUGAGCAGUGUGGACUGACAGGUUUCAAGAAUCUGAAGAAGGUCUCGCUGGCCCACAACCGGCUACACUCUUUUCCGAGCCUUAAGAAGCUGCCAGCUCUGAGCGAAUUGCGGCUGAACGGCAACAAGCUGCUCGCCAUCUCUCCUGUCGUAGCAUCGUUACCACACUUGGCUACGCUGGAUGUUGGCAACAACCUUAUCAAGCAGAUAUCAGGCUUUGAAGCCUUGCAAGGACUUCUCUGGCUGACCAAUCUCAAUGUGCGAGGCAACGUGUCAGAAGGAGACGAUGUGCCCGAGCAGCUCCAACAGAUACUGGCCAGCCUGCCGCGACUGGAGAUCCUGAACGGGAAACGUCAGUCGGGCAAGACCAAGAAGAAACGCAAGCACAACCAGGUCGCUCCGACAUCUUCUCGAUGGUCAGAUGGCCCUGUCAAAGCUCCAAGGGGCGGACGUGGGUUCGCUGGGGCACGUGGUGCUGGACGAGGGCGUGGGUCUGCUCGCAUGCCAGAUUCCGACGCAGAGGAGCCGGAGCCUUUGCGCCGCGGCCGUGGCGGCAACUCACGGAUCACUGCCAACUCCAAUGGACCGCGGCAAAAGAAGAAGCCACGCCCGAAAGCAGUCGAGGCAGAAAAGCCAAGUGGUCCGCCCACUCUCAUGCCAGCCAUUGGGAAGGACAGGCCAGCUCGCAAGAAGCUGAAGGCGAGGAAGACGGACCCGGACGUAGUGAAAAAAGGCAAAAAGACGGUUCGCAAGAAGCGGCGAGCAGGGCCGACCGCUGCGUCCUGA